AUGUUCACGCAAGCUACCUUACUCGUCGUUAAAAAGGCGGAAGACGGCACAAACUGGUUAGCAGAACUCUGUUCAAAUCUCACCGUCCUUGAAAGAGAUGAGGACGCCGUUCAUUUAUUUGUUCUGAUUUCGUCUAGAACGUCUCUACCGUCAUUUCGUCGGAAGCUAUCCAAGACCAAGCCUGGCAGACAUUUCGCUCAUGAAUUAAAAGGUUUGAACUCGGUUUGUGCCUCAAACCUUGCAGAGAACAUUCUCCGGCGCAAACAGUGUAAGGAAGAACCGUACUCAGCACUCUGGUACCGGCAAAGUAUUCUUAUGCUCCUCCAGCAUAAUCCACUGGCAAUCCAAAUUGUGAUUCCAAUAACCGCCAGCCGUGAGUCUCGCGAAGUCUACUGGCAUCUGAAGUCAGGAAGCUUGGACCUGGACUGGGAUGCUUUCCCUGUCAAGCAGUUAUUCCUGCUGCGGAGGCCUCUUGUAGAGGACAUCCCUGGCAUCCUGAAAGCGCUCAUCCCCUUCACCACUUCGGUGCCAGAAGACUAUCUGGCCAACAUCUUUGCAAUCUACCGAGCCGGUCCCUCUACCAGGCAGGCAUUGGUUGAAGCGGGCUGCACAAGCGUGGAAGGACUAAGAGCAUCCAUUGGUCGCCUUCGACUUCACCCCCUGUUUUCUCAGUUCACGCGGAAUCAGCCCUGGUCAGAAGAAGACAUCACCUCUAGUUGGCGCAGGGCAGCAGCGCACUACCACGAUCGAAGUAUUGACUGGAUCAAAACAGGCCUAUACUCCCCUACUACGCCAAAGUCCAAACCAAAGGAUGAGUGGGAAAAUUUGACAGCCGUUCUGAGCUAUGUGAUUCCAGAGCUCGAUAAAGACACCGAAGUAUCGGCACUUUUCGACCUCUCCUGGAUCGUUUGCUCUUUUCAUGUUUUUCACAAAGAUAUACCCAAGCACGCCGCCGACAUGUUUGCUGAUCUCACUCUCAAAGCGCUUAAUGCCAUGGCCCCCGAAUUUGUACCAACAAGCAAUGAAGGCCUGCGGUUUGUUGUUGAUCAGGGCCUUUACGCCAGAGCGAGGAAGCUAUCAGAUUUCCAAAUAUUGCGUAUCACACUAUUAAUGCGAUUCCUCGUGCAUUACUAUUACGAUAUUUCACCAAAGACAGCUAGUAUCUAUCAAGAUGCCUUGAUGAUCCUGCAAGAUGCACUUCCGACGAGCCUAGAUGACCAAGAGUUUUGCAGGCUAUUUAGCAUGUCGACAUCGACAUCGUUUCUUACAGACUGUGAACUGUCGUGCGAAGAGGGACGAAUGCCAAAGACGAUGGAUUUAUGGGACAACGUUUCCUCAGGUCUCGACCGCCCUUCGGACUUCCGCACGUUUGCCGAUGUCUGGGGGGAAACGCACGCUUAUAGAAGGCUGGGUUUUGUUUUGGACCUGAGUGAGACCUGGCGGAACCAUCAAAACAGUGCGAGGUAUUCUGUCGACUCAUCCGAUGACCUCUCACCCCUGCACUUGCUAGACACUCUGUUGGAUGCGUUUGACGCUCUAAACAGUGCCUUCACAACCAGGAACAAGAUCUGCCACCUCUUGAUCAGAGUUUACGGGAUGCAAUCUAACGGUAUGACACUCGGAUUGUACUUCAACUCCAGGGACUGGGAAACCGCUCUCUUCGUCCUCGACAAGAUUGACCAGUGCUCCAACGAUAUUUGCAGGUUCAGAGGUACCAACAAUGACGAGGUCAGCAUACUUGAACAUAAACAAUGGAUGACCAAUAGAAGAGUGCAGUGUCUCAAAAGUCUUGGCCGGAAAUCAGAGUAUAAGGCGCAGAUUCUUGAGCUGAAAAAUAUUGUGAGUCGAAGAGAGGAUCUAUGGACGAGUCAGGAUCGGCAGAACGAGCACUACCAGAAUCUCUCCCUUAUUAACAAACCCUGGAUGAAGAAGGUUGAUGAGCUUCUUAAUUCCUUUGGGGGGACUCGCGUAGAAGAAUACUACGAUUUCGAGAUACCACCAGGCCGCAUAGGCGGGCUGUUCUUGUAUUGA